UGGCCUGCGCAGGGCCAUGGCUUGCGCAAUCGGGGUGCGGAGGAACUUCAAAGUCCAGACAGGGCAAUCAGGAAACUGACCACCUUUCGUCUUUCUACCAACAGAUACUCGCGCCACUGCCUCUUCUCUUGCCUUCCUUCCCAUGAGUCGCUCCCUGUCGAUGACUGCCUUCUCACUGCAUAGCUUGUGAGAUUCGCUUCUGCAACCUCCUUGCGCGGCGUGCUGGCUCAGAAUCGGCGAUUUUGAAUGAUGGCAUCGACGAGACCGCGCUCAACUCACACUUGACGAAGACAGUUGUCUGCUGGAUAGCUUGUGAAGAUGCCGGUGAGAAUGAGAAUGAGAUGGACGGCGUAUGCCGGGGUGUCUACCGCCCUCGCUGCGGGCGUCAUCCUCAAAGCUCUGGCGCAGCGACCCAACUUCUACUCCGCUGCGGUCUACCUCUCGCAAUCCUCCGCGAACCUGAUGAUCCUGACAAACCUCCUAUUCGUCAUCGCCUGCACCUUUCUGCUGGCACUCCAGAAACUGCUCUACGGAAACCUCCGACCCAUCGAGAUCGAACAGCUGUACGAAAAGGCAUGGUUUGCCGUUACCGAGACGUGUUUGGCCAUGACGGUUUUCCGCGGAGAGAUCGGACUCACCUUCCUCGCCAUGUUCUUCUCUCUGCUCACGGGAAAAGUCUGGGGUUGGAUCGGUGAAGGCCGGGUGGAGGUGCUGGAGCAACAACCACCCCGAAACCCAAGAUUGUUCCACACGCGUCUGGCACUGAGCCUCGGGUUGAGUGUCGCUUUUGACUUGACCAUGCUGGAAUACGUUGUCAAACAAGUCAUGAGAAUGGCUCGGCCCGACAUGAUGGUCAUGUUUGGCUUCGAGUUCGCCGUGUUGUCGAUCAUGAGCAUCAGUACCGCAAUGAGAUAUGCGAUUGACUUGGUCGAGAUUGGCAUCGUGCGCGAGCAGAAGAGACAUCGAAUCGAAGAGAUCAAGAGGGAAAGAAUGCAAGCCGCAGUGACAGAAUUCCAGGAGUCUCAGGGCGGACAACCUGGUGGCGCGGCUACUUCUGAAGCUCCGGACGCGACGACAGACACGCCAACACCAACCCAGCGUACCCUCGACCAAAUAUCUCGAGAAGCCUUUAACCAACCAGUCGACGAUAAUGAGGUUGAGGUCGAGGGCUGGGAAGAUAAAGGUCGCUACAUGUUCUACCUCAACCUGGCCACGGAUUUCUUCAAACUUGUGAUUUACCUUGCUUUCUUCUUUAUUCUUCUUGUAUUCUACGGACUACCCAUCCACAUAUUGCGGGAUGUGUUCUUGACCAUGCGAUCAUUUUUGAAACGAAUUUCGGACUUUAUCAAAUACCGGACGGCGACGAGGGAUAUGAAUGCCCGCUAUCCGGAUGCGACAGCGGAGGAUAUUGGGCGUGAGGAUGUCUGCAUAAUCUGCAGGGAGGAGAUGCGCCCAUAUCAACCAGCUGUCGUGCAGCCCGGUCAGCCACAGCCCCGACCGAAUCCUGUGGCGGAGAGAAUGCGGCCCAAAAGGCUCCCUUGUGGACAUGUCCUACACUUUUCUUGUCUGAGAAGUUGGCUUGAGAGACAGCAGAUAUGUCCGACAUGCAGAGCAAACGUUGUGCGGACAGGUGGGGCUCGGGGUGCAAAUGAGGGCGGUGGACAAGGUGAAGCUGGGCAGGGGAAUGGCGGACAGCAUCCACCAGGUGCGAGACCAGGUCCACGAAUAUACCAGUUUGGUCCAUUGAGAAUUGGAGUCGGAGCAGCCCGAGGGAAUAAUAUGUUUGAGGAGCUUCAACAACAGCUCGGAGAUGGGGCGGCUCCAGCUCCUGAAGGGCAACCGGCGAACCCUGAUCCCAAUGCACCACGACAGAUUGGAGUGGGAUUGCGGUGGUCUGGGAGAAGACGUCGCCGAGCAGAUCAGAACCUGACGACUCAACAACAGCUUGAUGCCUUGGCGGCACGUAUUCGACAAGACACCGAUGAGCUGGCCCGGACGUCUGUCGAGUUGAGCCUGUUGCGGUCAAUGCAAGCUGAACUCGAAAGAUUGAGAAGCCUCAGGCCUGGAGAGAGGCAGGCACAGACAGAGGCCCCGACUCAAAAUCCAGCAGAGGCGACAAGACCCGUCCUUCUUCCUGCCCAACGCAUGUCUACGCUAGUUCCAGACACGCAACAAAAUAUCCUACCAGCAGGUAGUGACAGACUUCCUGCUGGCUUGACGCUACCAGAAGGCUGGACGAUGAUGCCCUUGCAACCCAUGCAACUUCAGCAGCAGCAUCAUCACCGUCACGACCAGCAUCCAGAUCCGCUGUCAUUUCUGCCACCACAAGCGUAUAGAAUGCCGGCUUCUUUCGGUAUUCUUCCCCAUCCUCAACAAUUGCCACCAUUUCAGAGUUGGCCCGCUGCCAACGGAACAAGCAGUGGUCAAACAGGCGCACCUCAGCCAAAUGGAGUGCAGUCUGCUGCGCCUGGCACUCCAGGUCAGCAACCACCAGCCCCGUCCGCAAAUGAGCAUAUAGAUGACAUGCGAACUCCCGUGCCACUUCGAGGACUGUUUCAACCUCCCGAAAACUUCCCCCAGCAUCGGAACCCGUGGAGUUUGGCGGGUAUGAGGAACCACGUUAACCAACCACGCGUGGCAAACAGUUCGACUCCAACGACCACCGGUGCAAAUGGCACUAUGUCUCAGGCCGCCCCGUCCGUUGCAUCCGGAACAAAUGCAGCAUCUGCAGUAAACACGAAUCAAGACGUAGGACACGCCAGUCAUCCUUUUCAGGCUCAUUCCUUACCUUCUUGGGGAUCUCUGGCUCCUGAGCCUACAAACAAUGCCGUGAGCGACAACAACGGCAGUGCUGGACCCUCCGAGCUGCGAGUUAAUGGUAGCCAUGAUCAGGCGGGGGAGAAUGCGGCAGCAGAUGAACCACGUCCAACUGCGUCGCAACCCAAGGAUAGGAACGCAACAGUGGAAGACGCGGUGGGAGAUCUGGACCCGGAUUGAAACAUUGGAUAUUGUGUCUCGUGGGAAACCGGAAGUAAAAGCGCCUUACAUCUUAUUGAAUAGUUCACUGAGCCCUGCAUUCCGAGAUAGGCAUUUUCAGCAUAGCGAAGGCGUUUCUGCCUGGAAGCCUGAAUUUUGUGUGAAUCUUCGUCACCACAAUGAACAACCAUGUUGCAGCUGA